AAGGUCGACACGCAUGAUGCUGCCCACGCGCCUCUGCUUGGUGGGCGAACACGAAGCCGCCGGGCACAGAUGGUGCGGGAAGCUGGGGUGCUCAAGUGGAUUUCAUACUAUGUGCCGAUCGUCCACUGGCUCCCGGUGUACUCGCCGAGCUUCCUGCUGUGGGACGUGCUUGCCGGCGCCGCUGUGGCCGCCAUGCUCCUCCCACACUCACUUUCGUACGCCACGCUCGCGGGACUGCAUCCUGUGUAUGGCCUGUAUGCUGCCGGUGUCCCGCUCCUUGUCUAUGUGGUGUUUGGCAGUUCGCCGCAACUCUCGGUGGGCCCGGACGCGCUGGUUGCGCUCCUCGUGGGAUCAUAUGUCAAGCGAGCAGGGGCCGGGGUGGCACCCGAAGCUGCGGCAGCGGCACUGACGCUGGUGGUGGGCGUUGUGUGCAUGCUUCUUGGGCUUGUUCGGUUCGGGUUUCUGGAAAACGUGCUCUCGUCGAGCAUUCUGGUGGGCUACCGCCUCGGCGUUGCCAUUGUGCUGGUGUGUGACCAGCUCGACGCACUGUUUGGGCUCCCGCAGCAGGCACACGUGUCUGACUACGCGUCGAUCCGCAAGAUAGGAUACGUGUUCACCCACUUUGGCGAGGCGUCGGGUCUCGCCAUCGCGUGCUCGCUCUCGUCGCUGGUCUUUCUUGUCGCCACGUACUGGCUCAAGCAGCGUGUGGUGCGGCAGUGGCCGGUGUCGCGGGCCCGGACUUGGGUCCUGCUCUUCCCCGAGUUUCUUGUGGUUCUUGUUGUCAUGCUCCUUGUCUCGCGGUGGGGUGAGCUCGACAAGCACGGCGUGGCUGUUGUGGGCCACACCUCUUCGGGGCUGCCGUCGGCUCGGCUGCCGACGUGGGAGCUUCUCGGGCCCGCAGUCCAGUCCGGGACCGCCAUCGCCAUCAUCGGCUAUGUGUAUUCGAUUUCGGUGGCCAAAGCGUAUCCUGCGCGGGCGACGGCCAACACGCCGCGGCUCUCCGGCAACCGCGAGCUUGUGGCGCUGGGGCUGGCCAAUGUCGCCGGCGCCAUCUUUGGCGCUUUCCCAGUCUUUGGCGAGUCGUCGCGAUCGUCGCUGCAGGCGUCCACCGGGGCGCGGACCCAGGCCACCGGAGCCACGGUGGCGCUGCUCUCGUUUGCAACGCUGCUCUGGCUCACCCCGACGCUUUACCACCUGCCGAUCGGCGUCAUUGCUGCCUUUAUCCUCCGUGCCGCGCUGCUGCUGUUCGAGGGCCCCGAGGUUGUCUUUCUCUACUCGCUGCGGGCCAUGUCCGAGCUCGCGCUUGUAGGUAUGGCGCUGGUCAUCACGGUGGUGUGGGGCGUCGAGGCUGGCCUGCUAGUCUCCAUCGCGCUCUCGCUCUUGCUUGUCAUUCGGGCCUCUUCAUUCCCGCACUUUGCUAUUCUUGGCGAGCUCCUGCUCUCCGAGAACUCGCCACACGCGCCGGGCUCUAUCCAGCGGACCUUUGUCGACAUCAACCAGUUUCCGUCGGCUGUUCCUCCGGCCGACACGCUUGUGCUCCGAGUGGACGAGUCACAGCUCAACUUUGCCAACAUCGGCCAGCUGGUGGCAAUCCUGGACAAGAUCGAGCACCUCGGCUCGGUCGACGCCCAUCCGUCGCAGCGCGACGAGCUGCACACUGUUCUGCCCAAGCUCCGGGCCGUCAUCCUUGUUGUCGCCGCCGUCCACCACUUUGACGCUGCAGCACUGGCAGGCCUCAAGUCGUUGGUCGACAACUACCGCCUCCGCGGUGUGGCGCUCUACCUGGUCGGUCUCAACGACCAUUGCAAGAUCCAGCUGGUGGCCACCAACCUCAUUGCCCGCAUCGGCGGCUCGUCGCUCUUUUCUACCGUCGGUGCCGCCCUCGACCAUGCCGAGGGCAAGACUGACGUCUCAUUCUCGUCGUACCCGACCGCUGCUGCUCAGCUGGCGCUCUAUGGGACAACUUGAUCCCAACUCGCACCUCAUGUGACAAACGUGGCCUUGUG